AUGGGUUCCCUUCCAAUCUUGACUAUUCUUGAAGAGUCGCAAGUAUCGCCACCUCCGGCCACAGUAACCAACAGGUCGCUACCACUUACUUUCUUCGACUUCUUAUGGCUAACCCAACCUCCUAUUAACGCUGUCUUCUUCUAUGACCUCCCCAUCACUAAAUCACAAUUCACUGAAACCGUUGUCCCCAAACUGAAAAAGUCGUUAUCAAUCACCCUUCAACAUUUUUUUCCAUUCGUUGGCAACUUGAUCGUGUUUCCUUCCCCUGAUAAAAAACCAGAAAUCCGAUAUGUUGAAGGUGAUUACGUCGAUGUUACGUUCGCAGAAUGUAACCUUGAUUUCAGUGAUCUUACAGGAAACCAUCGACGAGACUGUGACAAGUUUUAUCAUCUUGUACCUCUUCUCAAACGCACUGUUAAAGUCUCCGACUUUAUAACAAUCCCGGUGUUCUCCGUUCAAGUUACACUUUUUCCGAACAAUGGAUUCUCUAUUGGCAUGACGAAUCACCAUAGCUUGGGUGAUGCUAGCACGCGGUUUUGUUUCUUGAAGGCCUGGACUUCGAUAGCUCAAUCAGGAACAGAUGAGUUGUUUUUAACUCAUGGGAGUUUACCCGUUUAUGAUCGACUUGUUAAAUACCCGAAACUUGAUGAAAGUUAUCUCGAGAACGCAAAGGUUGAAACUUUUAACGAAGAGUAUCAACUUCCAAGUCUUUCAGGGCCAACUGAUAAAGUUCGAGCGACAGUUAUCUUGACACGAAGUGUCCUCAAUCGGUUGAAGAAAUUGGUUUCAACCCAACUGCCUACUUUAGUAUAUGUAUCAUCUUUUACAGUUGCAUGUGGUUAUAUCUGGAGUUGCAUAGCAGAAUCAAGAAACGAUGAGUUUGAACUUUUUGGUUUCACCAUCGAUUGUAGAGCACGUCUGAAUCCACCGAUCCCUGCGGCUUAUUUUGGCAACUGUGUGACGUUUUGUGGAAACAUGGAUAAAACCAAGAUGUUAAUGGGAAAGGAAGGAUUUGUUAAUGCUGCUAAAUUGCUUGGAGAAAGUUUACAUAAGACCUUGACUGAUAAAGAUGGAAUCGUGAAAGAUUUAGGAUCGUUUGAAGAUUUCUUGUCUGAAAUGAAGCCAACAACAAUGAUCGGGGUUGCUGGAUCACCGAAGCUCAAGUUUUACGAUUUGGAUUUUGGAUGGGGGAAGCCUAAAAAGCAUGAAACGAUUUCGAUAGAUUAUAAUGGAUCCAUAUCCAUGGCUGCUUGCAAAGAUCAAAAUGAAGAUCUGGAGAUUGGUGUGUGUCUUUCGGCUACCGAGAUGGAGAAAUUUGUUGCAUUUUCCGUUUCAACGGUAAAGCCUAAACCCUAG